UCCCUUCUUCUCCCCGAACCCCUGGGCUCUGUCGGGACCGAAACCCUCGCCUCCACCCCACUCUCCGCUGCCGCUCCUCCGCAAAUCCUACCCAAGGAGGGCUCCGCGAGGUCGGUGGUUGCGAGUUUCCCCCGCCGUCACAGCCUUGCGUCGAUGUCGAGCCACGCCGCCUCCUCCCGCCGCUUCUCCUCCUCGUCGGCGACCACCGCGACGGCGAAGCGCCCGGCCAUGGCGGAGAGCGCCGGGGGCGCCAAGGCGGCGGGCCCGGCGGCCGCGCAGCAGCAGGCGAAGAAGCGCGUCGCGCUCGGGAACCUCACCAACGUCGCCGCCCCCGGAGGGCGGAGCGGCUGCGGGAAGAUCGCCGUCGUCGCCGCCGGCAAUGCGAGGUUGAAUUCAGCUACCUCAGCUGCACCUGUGAAGAAGGUGUCUUUGGCAAGUGCUCGAAAUGCGAGUGCGAAUCGCGGCUCGGCUACAAAAUCGGCUUCCACCAGGCCAGCUCCAGCUCCUGUCACAUCCCGCCAUGAGAGCACUGCCCAGAAGGAGAGUGCACCUCCUCGGAAGGUGCCUACCGUUGUGCCGAUUGCCGUGCCUGCCAUUGUACCCUUCAGCAGCUUCGCUUCUCCUGGAAAUUCAGGAGAUUCCAUUUCAACUGAUGAGACAAUGUCGACAUGCGACUCUAUGAAGAGCCCGGACUUUGAGUACAUCGAUAACGGCGACUCCUCAUUGCUUGAUUCUUUACAGCGACGGGCAAAUGAAAACCUGCGCAUUUCAGAUGAUAGAGCUGUGGAAGGAGUUAAAUGGAAGAAGGAUGCAACUGCCCCAAUGGAAAUUGACAACGUUUGCGACGUUGAUGAAAACUAUGAGGAUCCACAGUUGUGUGCUACUCUUGCUUCUGAUAUCUAUAUGCACUUGCGAGAGGCUGAGACCAGGAAAAGACCAUCAACUGAUUUCCUAGAAACAAUUCAAAAGGAUGUAAACCCAAGCAUGAGGGCUAUCUUGAUUGACUGGCUUGUAGAGGUUGCUGAAGAAUAUCGUCUUGUUCCUGAUACCUUAUAUCUGACAGUGAACUAUAUUGACCGUUUUCUUUCUGGCAAUGAGAUCAAUCGCCAAAGGCUACAAUUGCUUGGGGUUGCCUGCAUGCUUAUAGCUGCUAAAUAUGAGGAGAUAUGUGCACCCCAAGUAGAAGAAUUCUGCUACAUCACUGACAAUACAUACUUCAAGGAUGAGGUUUUGGAUAUGGAAGCUUCUGUCCUUAAUUACCUGAAGUUUGAAAUGACUGCACCUACAGCAAAGUGCUUUUUAAGGAGAUUUGUCCGGGCUGCGCAAGUCAGUGAUGAGGAUCCAGCUUUGCAUCUUGAGUUCCUAGCCAAUUAUGUAGCUGAGCUAUCACUGCUUGAGUACAGCCUACUUGCUUACCCUCCUUCACUAGUAGCAGCCUCAGCUAUUUUCUUGUCGAAGUUCAUACUGCAGCCAACAAAGAAUCCAUGGAAUUCCACCCUUGCCCACUACACACAGUACAAGCCGUCGGAGUUGUGUGAUUGUGUGAAGGCCCUGCACCGCCUUUACAGUGUUGGUCCUGGGAGUAACCUUCCUGCAAUCAGAGAAAAAUAUAGUCAACAUAAGUACAAGUUUGUCUCGAAGAAGCAAUGUCCUCCUUCAUUGCCUGCGGAAUUCUUCCGAGACGCGACAUGCUAGAGAAUAAAAGCCCAGGAGUAGUUGCAGUUGCUUACUGACUUCUUCAUCCUGUGGCGGCUCAAAUUCGGAGUUGCGCUGCUGAUCCUUGCAGACAUUAUAGCUCGACCCUGGGACAUGCCGGUGCCUCCUGUUUGUUUCGGGCGAUCGGCACAGAGUGUAGAUUCUAGACUGAUGCUGAUGUCUUUGUGGUAGUGGUGUGCUUUUCUUUAACUUCUCCUUCUGCGGUUUUCUUUCUUCCUGUACCUAGAGUUUAGACCCCAGGUUUUUCAGGUGCAUGUACAUUGGAGAGCACUGCAGCAAAGCAUAAACAUCUUGUUUGUAGUGGGCAUAAUACUGGAGUCGCUAGGCUGCAUGCCAUGUUGCUUGGAUGGCUCCGCCCCUGUAUUAGAAUGUGGUGGCAUUGUUUGUCUGAUAUCUUAAUAAGAGCACCUCAUUUAAUAGUGCUAAUUCUGAAA